CUCACAUUUUCUCCUGAUGCACUUCCGGUGUUCACCGGAUGUUGCUAAUGGUAGAUUGAAGCGCCUGAGAAGUAGAGAACUGAGCCCAGAGAAAUGUGUUUCUGCUGUGUUUACAAGGCGCUGGUGGAGACGUCCUUGUGGGAAUAGUUGUCUCCUGUCUCCUUCUAUGUCCUGUUGAUAUCCAGAGAAGCCUCAGGCAGGUAUUCUUGCUGUGUCUUACCAAAUUGUGGACCAUGAUGGAGCGAAGACGAGCCUUAACUAUUCCAUUUAAUGUUGACAACGAUAAACUGGUGGAAAACCCACUCAAAAUCUCCGUUCCAUGUCUUUCAUCAGAGUGUGGGAAGUUAGAAAGACAGGUUUCCUGGACUGCAUUUGCAGAUUGCAAACUCAGACAUCGUAGUUCACAGCAUAAAAAUGGAUCCAUGCUAUCUGAUCGCAACCACGUGACAUUGGAAAUGGCCAGGAGGAAGCCCCGUCUGAUCCUGACCAAUGUCCUAGAGACAGACCAAGGCAAGGCUUAUAUGGAAAGGAUAAAACCACGUCUUUCUUUGGGAAAUCAAGGACAAGUAUCAAGUACACGGAGGGAGAGUGGUCGAUGCAGAGAGGAACCCCUGAUCUGCAGAGACACAAGGUCCAGUCAGAGGGAGUCCAAGAAUGAUAAGAACAAGAGUGUAACCCCUAAAUGCAACCAGAAGACCACCUCCUCACCCGCUCAACGGUCAAGAGUCAGGAGAAGGUCACAACAUGUUGAUGACGAAGGGGACAUGGAAGAAAACAAAGAUAUCGAGGAGGUGAUAAUAGGAAAGGACAACGGAGACGACUACAAAUUCGCUGAAGUUGUAGAUUGUGGGUUGUCAGUGAGCUGGGAUCGUACCGAGGAUACAGGAAGUUGCGAUGAGUUCUCCCCAGCCAGCAUCAAGGACAGGUUGACUGAUCCAGAAAAGGAAGUACAACACAAUUUGAAGAGGAAAAGAAAGGAUGCAGAGUCCCGGUGCAAUGGGACAGAUAGCUCCAAACGCCACCGUGAGAGUGUGCUUCGCCUCACGGGAGAAGACGGAAGAGACGGAGGACCGGCCACUACACGUCUUGGUCCGGAAGAUAGUGGAGAAGACGGAGAUUUGGAGAGCCUGGACCGUACCAUUGUACAGUUCACGGUGGGAGCAGAUGAUCGAACAGAAGUUCUGGUCCCAAUCAUCCGUCCUAAUUCGGAGGCCGGAGACUCUAUCGGUACCCCCAGACGAAGUCUAUCGUCUAGCCAGGACAACACUACCACAGCCAGCCCCCCUGAACCCAUUGUGCUGUCCAGUGAUGACGAGGAGAGCGGUGAUGUUCCUCAACACUGCAGCCCAGUGGCCCAUACACUGGUCACUGUGGAGGACGCAUUAAUACAGGGACAAUCCCCGCUGGAAGCUCUGGUCAAACUGCACGAAGCUUCUGACAUACAGGUGUUGGGUUUAGCUGUAGAUCUUCCUUCUUCAUUGGACAUUUCUCCCAUGCCCAGUAUAGACUACUCCUUCUCCAUGCUGCACUGUGGAGGUUACCAAGGGAAAGCGAAUGGAGACAUCAUGAUAGUAGACCAAAAAAUCAUCAUCCCACUGCAAGACGUUGAUGAACACGUAGAGGUGACGUUAACCUUGGAGCGUAAAGACCUGAGGAGGUACAGCGUGUGGGAACAGCAGGAACUGGAGGACCGGGAGUUUCACUUUAAGGGCGAUGAGUUGUUUUCCCCUGCCGCCGUCCUUCUGUUUUGUGUGUCAGAAACUGCUGCAGCUGCUGUACAGCAAAAACUCGUCAAACUGUGUGUCAAACAAGAUGGAACCACGAACUCUGAAAAGGUGAGCCCCUUCAUCCUGGUGACUCUGAGAAAUCCUGUGGAGGGAAUGGAGGGGGCUUUAUUGCGCUCCCUCCUGGACAUCGACUGUCUCAACAGCCUGGAACAAGAAACGCCACUCGAUGGUGCAGACAAAUUUAGUUUCUUUGAAGACUUCCACAUGCCUGUUCUUUCUCUGGACGAUAGCAUAGAGCUGAUUAGAAGAAGUGGACUGGACUCUCACCUGCUGUUUCUGCUGGACCUGGAAACCACUGACCCUAGACUUGACUCGGACCAGGAAGGUCCACAUUCUGAUACAGAAAGCACCCCGCCACACAUCCAGCUGGAGGAUGAGUCACAGACAGAGACUGCACGGGAGCUAGAGACAGCGACAGAGACUGAACUGGAGCCGGAGACAGCGACAGAACAAGACACAGGGACAGAACUCAAACCAGGGGAGGAUCAGAAAGAACAAGAGCUCGAACAUCCGCCUGAGAAGAAAAAGGAGGAGCCCACUCCUGUGUACACACUGUGCCACCGUAGAACCAAAGGAUCCUACUCCGCGUCCCUGUGUAGACCCGACCCCAGCUUGACUAAAUUUAAACAUCAGGGCCUGGCUCGCAGGUUGAUCCAGUUUCCUCCUCCGCCAUUGAAAGGAGGAAUAACCGUCACAAUGGAGGACCUGCGGUGCCUUGACAGCGGGCACUUCCUCAAUGAUGUUAUCAUUGAUUUUUACCUCAAAUACCUCAUCCAGAACACCUCUGCUGCUGUGGUCGAGCGCUCCCACAUCUUCAGCAGCUUCUUCUACAAGCAGCUGACACGGAGGGACAACGCCAGUGAAGGCGUCACCAGUGAGACCUGUCAGAGGCAGAGGCGGCACCAACGGGUGAAGACAUGGACACGCCAUGUGGACAUCUUCAAAAAGGACUUCCUGUUUGUGCCUGUCAAUCAGGAGGCUCAUUGGUAUUUAGUUGUCAUCUGCUUUCCUGGACUGGACGAGCCAAAAUCGGAGGCCUGGAGUGGUUCAAACGAAGAGCUACAGGAACAAGAGGUGGCUCAGGGGUCUAAAAGCCCAAAUGAAAACACAGAGACACCACCUACACCACCUACAUUAAAUCCCAAUGACAGCAUGGACACAGAGACAGAAAAGCCUCAAGAAGAAUCCAAAGACCCAGCACCAGGUCCAGUGACCUGCACAGAGCGGACCUUCCAGAAGACAACUAUUACGAAGAGGCCGUGUAUUCUUAUCAUGGAUUCCCUCAAACUUUCUCUUCAUGAGCGAGUCUUCAAACUCUUACGGGAGUACUUGCAGUCAGAAUGGGAGGUCCGCCGUGGUUCAUCGAGGGACUUUAGUACUGACCAGAUGCAAAGCUCACACUGCAAAGUUCCCCUUCAGGACAACAGCAGCGACUGCGGCCUCUACCUGCUGCAAUAUGUCGAGAGUUUUUUGAAGGACCCUGUGGUGCACUUUGACCUCCCUCUACACCUACAACGAUGGUUUCCACGGCAGCAGGUACGGAGGAAACGAGACGAAAUCAGAGAUCUGGUGCUUAACCUUUACCGACAUCAAAACCUGGAUAGCAUCAGAUAGACGGACGAAGCAGCUCUGCUGUUCAGUGCAUCCCAUUCCUGUAGCCAUUAUAAAUCACUGCUCAUACUGAGCGACGGACAUUUCAGCGUGAACUAAAAGGAUUUCCUUAAUUAUUAGAUGCUGUUAUUGUUUUAUGCAUUAACUCGACAAAACAUGUAAACCUUCGACUAUCUGUGGGUCCCGUGAGUGAACAUGAAGGCAUCAGCUAAUUUAAAAUAAACACGCAGCUGGCCAUCCAACCAGAAAGAGUUUUACUGUAGAUAAUAACUAGACAUGAAAAUGUUUCCAAAACCCCAUGACUUUUUACUGAUUGUUUUUAUGCUGCAAGAUAUUUUAUAUUAUUGAAGCCCAGUUUGUACAGCAAGUUGGUAAACCAUUUUUUGUUGGAUUUACAUGCUUUGCUGACAUUUGUUGGACAUUGGAGGUCAUGUGUGACUUCAUAUUUCAGUCAGUCAUGGUUUAUUUUUAAUCAAAACUGUUGUGAUUCUGCAUUCUUUGCAUCAGUACACCUUUUACAGGAUGAACACAAGCAUAGUAUGAAGUACAUUUCCUACGUGUCCUAUCUGAAUUUCAUUAUAGAAUGACUUGAAGGCUCGGGAACUGAAAUACCAACAUGAAGCAGUGUUUUGAUCUUUUGCCCCUUUUUAGAUACAUGAAAAAAAAAAAAAAAAAAACUCUUUCAGUCACUCAGUGCCUCCCUCGAUUAUCCUGCUAGCCUCCUAGUGCCAGAUAGGAAACAUGACAGCCUCUACAGAUGACUAUGAACUAGGAUCAUUCACUCACCUUAAAAAUAAAAAUGUUAUGCUAUCAUUUAUCCGUGACACUCUCUCUGUAUUGAGAUCCACCAUGAAGCCUAAAAUCAUAUUGGGACACAAUGAUGGUACUUGAGAUCAACUCUGCCAGCACAAAUUGGCAGAAUUAGACCAAAUUUGGAUGUUAGACUAUCAAAACAGGCUCCUGUAUAUUGUUAGUUUGCAUAAAGCAUAUUCUAAAUUAUAGUUCUGAUAGUCAGGUGGCAUUGAGGUUCUCUGAAGGUCAUUGAAGUCUCUUUGGCGAUACCAUUUAUGUGUCCAGAUUUGACACACUGAGCCUUUUUAAAGUUGGUGGCUGCUAUUAUCAAAAUACUAGCUUCGGCAUAUAGAUUAAGAAGAAAUAUUUUGGUACAAAAUGUGGGAGAAAUGGUUCCCCAUCAUGCAGUCCAAAUCAGAGCAGGGUGUGUGUUGUGUGCACUCAAAGUAUUUUAUUUUAGCAGCAUCAACUAGGGUUACUUACAUACAACAUCAUAAGAAAUUUGAAUUUACUUUAAUAAGAAUACAACUUGCAAAAAGUUCAGGGGUUCACAUACAUUAGCAUGUGUAACAUCAUGCUCUCAAACUUAAAAACCUACUUAAUUAAGACCUAAGAGACAUUGCUGCCCGUCACUACCGUUGCCUACAUUCUUCUCAGCAGAGACCUUGAUAGUCUUGUAGUUUGUUCCCUUUUUGUUCAGGUGUUUGUAUCUCUUUUAACACUUUACCAUGUUAUGUUUUUUUUAGACAUUGUGUUGAAUGAAUGUACAGGAGCUGAUUCCAAAAUAUCUUUGGUUUCAGUGUUGUAUUAAAACUUGUAGACCAGA